AUGAGUAAGUUUAAUAAAUCAGUUACCGUAGAGGAUGAAUCUAAUAGUGAUAUUGAGUUAAUGCAUAAAAACGAUGUUGAGACGGCCCAGAAGUCUGGCCAGACUAAUUUUGAAGCAAAUUUUGGCUGUAUGUCAGUAGAGAUGUUAAAGUUUUUAUGUCAUGAAAUUGGUGUUUCUGAUACAGGUAAUGAAAGUAGAAAGAGAAAUGUUUUGUCAGAUUUGGAUAUCUCUGUUAAAGGGAAAGUUGUUGACAUUGAUAGUGUUAUGAAGGAGGUUUCUGGGAAAGGCAGUAAGCUUGGUUUUGAGUUGGAAAAAGCCUUUGCCAAUGUUUUUAAUAAUGUUCUGGUGGAUUCUGAGAAUUUGACAAGUGGUGCUGUGCUGGAAAUGGCUUAUGUGGUUAGGGUAGCUGAUGAGAAUGGAUAG